AUGCAGACGGCUUCUUUAUACAUUUGUGAAAGAAUGGGUCGCUCUCAGGAGCUCAGUGAAUUCAAAUGUGGUGCCAUGAUAGGUUGCCACCUGUGCAAUAAGUCAAUCCGUGACAUUUCCUUUCUAAUAAAUAUUCCACGGUCAACUGUUAGUGGUAUUAUAACAAAGUGGAAGCAACUGGGAACAACAGCAACUCAGCCACCAAGUGGAAGGCCACAUAAAAUGACAAGUAAAAUGUGCAGAAGUCGCCAACUGUCUGCAGAGUCAAUAGCUAAAGAUCUCUAACCUUGUUCCAGUGAAGGGAACUAUUAAGGUAUCAGCAUACCAAGACAUUUUGGACAAUUUCAUG